AUGAGAAGAUUGCUUUUGUUCAUAAAUUUGUAUAUCACAAUAGAGUUAUUGAUUUGUAAGGAUGACAUGGGACUAACAAUACAAAUUGACAAGUCUCUUCUGAUACCACCAUACAAUUGUACUUUGAAUAUAAGGAAUGAAAAAUUAAUGAAUAUGACAUCUUUAGGUGGCUAACUUCUAGUGAUAGGAACAGAAUUACUAUUGAGUUAAACAGUUACGUUAGUUGGAUUCAAGGUUGUUGAAUUCUAAAACAUGACUAUAGACACUUUAACAGAUUCUAUAAACAUCAUAGGUACAGCUAUGCUACAGAAUGUCACUCUCUAAAGAAAUUAUCAAAUAUUAAGUACUAAAAUGAAGAUUUAUUAGUCGAAAAUAAUAGGAAUGACAUUCUAAAAUAGAACAGUCUUUCAAUAUCCAAUUGAUGUUGAUGGAUUGCUUAUAUCAGAUUGCACUUUUUUUAGAAGUUAACUAAGUUCAUAAAUGAUAUAUUUAAGAAACGUUGUAGUUGAUUAAGUGAGUUUCAUCAAUUCCACUUUAUCACCUUAAACUUAAGUGAACAUAUUAACACUCAAUAAUUCAUUUUUGGUUUAAAGCAUUUUGAUUGAAACAAAUAUUUCAUAACAAAUUACUAUUCAAAAUACCUAUUUGACUCUCUCUACAGCUAUUUUAGCUAAGGGAGUACUCUAUACUACAAUCCUCAAUGUGACUUUAUCUUAAAGCAUUUUGAUACUUCUACAAAAUGAAAACUAAAUCAAGCUUUCUAGCUUAAAUAUUCAACGAGUAAUAUCAGAUUCAUAAUUGAUAAUUGCCUAAAGUUAAUAUGUCUCCAUACAUAAUAGUACCAUUAGUGAAAUUGAGAGCAAAGCGUUAUUCUCUAUAGAUAGUCACAAUAUCUUUCUGUAGGAAAUCACCAUAUCCUCUUUAAUUGGAUCAUUAUUAAUCUCUACAACUAAUCAAACUAAUGUCAUACUCAAUUAUUUCACUAUUUAAAAUAGUUAAACCAGAUUUCUAUUUUAAAUUAAUGGAGCCUUAACACUUUCUAAAGGUAAUUUCAACUCAUUAUUUGGCUUAAUCAUUUAUUCUUCAACUAUUACAGAAUUAACCAUUGAUUAAAUUGAUUUUUAAUUAAUCAAUAAGUCUAUUCUAAUCAAUCUAAAUGAAGCCUCUCUUGCUUAAUUGACAAAUAUUAUCAUUCAAAAUUGCUCUUCUAUUUAAAUUGCUAAACUCUAAAAUGUUAUCUCUGUAAUGAUUAGAAAUCUUACUAUUGUUAAUUGUAAUGAAUGUAAUUUUUUGACUUUGAAUGCAUCUUAAGCAGAUCUUAUUCACAUCAAAAUAUUUCAAACUAGCAACUUUCUAAACCCAUUAAUUUAUGCAUAAGAAACAGAUAUAAAUAUUAAAGGAAUGUAUUUGAAUUCUAUCUCUCAUAACAAUAAAGAUUUCAUUAAAAUUAAAAAUUCUAAAAAAUUGAUAUUCAAUGAUCUACAAUUCAUAAAUAUAAAUUGUCCAUAUUGUCCUGGAAUUUUAAUGAUUAAUUAGAGUGAUUAAAUUGAAAUAUCAAAAUCAAUAUUUAAAAAUACAUAAUCCCUUUCAGGUUAUAUAAACGUCUAAGAAUCAUAGAAUUUUUUAGCCAACAAUAAUACCUUUUAAAAUAUUUCAACUAAUCUAGGAUCUGCUUAUGUAUUAUAAAAUGUAGCAUUAAAAAUUUAUGAAAAUCAAUUUAUAGACCUAAUAUCUUCAGAAGGAGGUGUAAUCUUUUUGAAUUAAACUUAAGGAUUACCUACUUACAUUUAAUAAAACCUAUAUGAAAAUUGUUCAAUGAAAACAAACAAGUAAAUUUUUCUAAUAACUGAUUAAAUACUGGAACCUGAUAUUUUAACUUAUGUGGCUGGACCAGUUUAUUUAGUAAUAAAAAAUGAAACUUAUUUAUUUGAUGAUUUGAUUAAAAAAAAGAAAAUAAUUCACAUAGAAAAGUAUAAGAGUGGAUAAUAAUUAGACUUUAAAAUAGAAAUUUUAGAUGGAGGAUAGAAUAGAAUUUGUAAUCUUAAGGAUUACUUAACAAUAUAAUAGAAUAUAUUUCAAUUCAAUCAAUUAUAAUGCUAAUAUGAAGUAAAAUAUGCUUAUUUUUAAUAAUUUCCAAAAAAUGAGAUAAUUUAAGUUCUACUUGAAUUUAAAUCAUUAAAAUUUUAUAAUGAUACAUAUAAAUUACCAAUAUUUUUGAAUUUGAUUUAAUGUGAGAUUGGUGAAGAAUGGGAGAAUUAAUCAUGUCUGAAAUGUCCAGCUGGAUCCUACAGUUUAAACAAUUUUACUCCUUGUUAAUAAUGUAUAACUUCAAUAGAAUAAUGUCCUGGAGGAUCAGAAUUAAUAAUUAAAUAAGGAUAUUGGAGAGCUAAUAAAAGUACUGAUAGUAUUGAAUAUUGUUAAUUAUCAUUUGCUUAAUGUUUGGGAGGAUCGGAUGAAUUUACAUGUAGUAAAGGUUAUACAGGAGCUUUAUGUAAUGAUUGUGAUUAUUAUGGAAAACAUUGGAAUAAUUCUUAUACUCGUAAUUUAGGUGGUAAUUGUACUAUUUGUGAAAAUGACAUAUUUAAUAUAUUCAAGAUUAUUUUCUCUUUUUCUUGGAUACUUAUUGCUUUAUUUAUAUCUAUAAGAGGUAGUUUAAGAUUAGUUAGAGCAUAAUUAUCAGCACAUUAUUUGAGAAUGAUGGGUAUAUUUUUUGCAACUAGAUCUACUAUGAUAAUUGAUUAAACUGAAAUUUUAAUUAAACUUUUUUCUAGUUACUUUCAAUUGAUUUCAAUUGUUUAAGUUAUUGAUUUUGAUUUUCCUACACCUAUAGAAGUCAUAGCUUAAGCUAUUGGUAAUCCUUUAUCAACUCUUGGCUAUUCUAUUGAAUGCUUUCUAUUAAAUUCACAACUUUCAAUUGACAUUGUAUAUUUGAGACAAUUCUGGAAUUUGUUUGUAUCCCUAUUGUUUGUUUUUUCCUUUGUAUUUAUAUACUCUCUCAUUCAAUUAUGCAAAUCAAGAUAAAUGGAGAAUUCUAUCAAAACUAUAUUCAUUACCUGUCUUAUCUAAGUUAAUUUCUAUUUUUAAGGAGAUAUCAUCGAAGGAUUAUUACAACUUAUGUUUUGUAUUAAAGCUUCAGGAUAAUAUUACAUUUAAGCUGCUACAUCUUACAUGUGUUAUACAGAAGAAUAUUACCUUUACCUAAAAAUACUUAUCAUACCUACCUUAAUUUUAGUGGGAUUUGUUUCUCCUCUCUUUUAUAUCAUCAAAUUAUUUAUAAAUAGAAAUAAAUUAUGGACCUGUUAAUUGCGUAUACCUUAUGGCUAUCUAUAUGUUGAAUACAAAGAUAAUUAUUAUUACUGGGAAUUUGUGUGUUUCUUUAUCAAAUCUUUAUUUUAUCUAUUAGAAACACUUUUGAUCUAAGACAUCAAACUCAUGUUUUUAUUUGCUAUACUUAUUCUCCUCAUCUAUUUAGAAUUACUAAAUAAACAUAAUCCUUAUAUUGAGAAAUAAUAUAAUUUUAUUGAUAAAAUAUCAACUUAAUUAGCUAUUGUCACUCUAAUUUUGUCCUAUAGUUAAGACAAAAAUUAAUAUAUCUCAUUAGUUUAUAUUUUAUCAAUAUUAUGCUCUGUGCUUAAUUUGUUAUAUUGUACAUAUAUAUUAUCCAAAAUUGUCAAAGAAUAUUUAUCAAGUCUAAAGCAAUAACAUAUUGAAAAAAUUGUUAAUCUAAUGAUUCGUUACCCUUGCGUUAAAUAUUGCAUUAAAAAACCCUAAAAUUAUUAUAGAAAAAGAAAGGCAAUUUUACUUUGGAAGAAAGUCAGAGCAUAUGUGAUGGAAUUUAUUGAAAAAUUGAAAUUGCAAAAAUCAAACAAUAAUCUUAAUUAAGAUUACUAGAUGUAAUCAAGUACUAAUAGACCAAAUACUUCAUCAACUAAUACUUCUGUAAGUCUUCUUAAUUCAAUGGCACCAUAAUUAUUAAAAUACAUGUAUGAUUAGUAAUAAUAAAUAAUAGAAAACAUAAUAAAAAAAACUCAAGAUUAUCCCCUGAAAUGGAAAGUCGAUCUUCUAAAAAGAACUUGGAUUAGAAUGACUUCAAUAGUGUUGUAUCAGCAUAUAUAGAUCCAAAUAAUAGUGCUGAUACUGAAACACCAUAACUUCCAAAAAAGAGUACUGUUUCAAGCAUUUUUUCAUAUUUAGUAAACAAUCAUGGGUAAACCCCAUUUUGA